AUGGCGGUACCUGCGGCACCUUCUAGGUUAUGCGGCAUCCCAGAGUGCACCAGACCGUGCCAUGACGGUGGCACUGUUGUCCAUGACUUCUGUGGACGCACUCAUGCUGAAGAAGCGGUAUCGAGGGGAAUACGCCCGAGUCUUCGCCGCCCUCAUGGCAAUUGCCAUGAGUGCAAGUUGGAUGGAUGCUCGCUCCCGGUCUACUUCGAUUCGGCGAAGAAGCACGUGCACGACUUCUGCUCGAGGAGCCACGCCGACAAGGCCAUCGCCGACGGUCAGUGGACCCGCUCUACAAGCGCGGGGAACACCAACGCUGGCGGCUCGACAUGCAAGCUACCUGGUUGUCACUUAGGCGUUUUCAUCGAUCCGGCUACCAGCCUGGAGUCCGACUACUGCAGCAAGUCUCACCGCGCGCAGGCCAACACGCGCGAGUGCCUUCGAAAGGGAUGUACCAGCACUGCUUGGCUGGCGAACAUCGAAGGUCCCCAGUACUGCAGUAGCCGCUGUGCCAUUGACGAUGGUGGACAAAAAGCAGGGAGUUCAAGGUCCUGCAAGCUGGCCGGGUGCUCCGAGGUGGCCUUGUACCAUCACCAGACCGGAAACGCUCUCGACUACUGCGGCGAAGACCACCGUGUCCGUAACGAGCAGCAGACACUGGGGACGAACGGUGAUACCUACGUGGAACGCAUCUUUCACCGUGGAACCACCGGCACCACGGACUUCAAACUGUGCGUCCUCUCCAAGGCUCAUCCUCAUUACCCUUCACUCAUCGAUCAGUUCGUCAACAAGUGGGUCAAGCCUGAGCCAGUUGGUGGCAUCUCGGUUGAGAAGAUACUCACGGUGGAGGUACCGGCGGACGUCCGUCGCAAGACCAAAACCUACGAGAAGACCGUAGGCAACGUCCGGCGUCGCUUUCAUGGCACCUCGUGCUCGACAAAGUGUAACUUCUUCGUGGAUCUAAGGGGCAACCCAUGCAGCGACAAGGGCUGCAAAGUGUGCAGCAUUUGCACCCAUGGGUUCACGCUACAGGGAAACGUCGGCGGGACGGCCAGGAGGACGAACUUUGGCCUACGCUACGGGGAAGGCCUCUACUUCAGCAGCGUGUCCGGCAAGGCCAACGACUACGCCGAUUUCUCCGAAAAGACGGACAGCAAUGGCCGCAGGCUGAGGUGCAUGUUCGUCGCGAAUGUGGCCGCGGGCAAGGCCUUCAAGACCCAUGAAACGAGCCUUCAGCAAAACGAGUGCCCCCCCGCCGGAUAUGACUCCGUUGUGGGAGAAGUGGGCCAAGGGCUGAACUAUGAUGAGCUUGUGGUAUACAAAGACGAGGCCGCUCUGCCCACACACCUUAUUGUGUACUCUCGUCAUUGA